CCCUCGUUCUCUCGCUUUUCAAUCUUCUCCAUCCUACCAACAACAAGUGAGAACCAGCUGCUCUGCACGUCCAUCCGCUCUCUGUUCAGCGUCGGGGCUCUGAGUUGAGUUAUAGAUGUCUACUGGAAUUUCUUUUCCCCUCGUCCAUUUCACUGCUUAAUCGAUGGGGAUGACAGAUUGCAGGUGCAGCGGCGGCGUGCGUUAGAACCAGCAAGGACGGUGUGUGGUGCACUAGGACCAGGGAGAGACUACUCUCAUCGUGAGCAUUGGAGCUGUAGAGGGAACCCCCCCUCACACACACACUGGAUCUGGCGAUUAUAUCCAUACAUUUCUCUUUUUCUUCCCCCCCUCCCCCCUCCCCACCACCUCUCUCGCGUCCACCGGGAUCGCACCAACGAGUGUGUUCAGGAAGCACACAAGAGUGGAUUUCUAAUUCGGCGAGAUAGCGUAAAAGUCAGCUAUUAGAUAUUUUUUUGUUGUCUUUUGAAAAAAAAGAAAGGGGGUGAGGUUGUCAUAAUCUUUCUUAGGUUCUAGAAAUAUCUGCCCCCCCAUCCCUUCAUCGGUUUUUACGUUUAUCUCCAAGAGCGCAAAGUGACAUCUGCGCUAGAAAGCGCCCAGUGCACUUUUCUUUUCCUCAAAAAAAAAGAGAAGAAAAGAAAAGGGGGACGGAAGCACAUACAAAUCUUCAUUCUUGUUUGAAUUACAGUCGGACGAUUGGCUGAAUGGGUGACCUCGCAGAAACGCAGAUCACCUCCAGCUUGCAGCCACUGUACGCGCACGGUUUUUUUCUCUACUGACCGGGAGUUGUGAUGUCCAGAGCCGUCCCCGCUGACUGACACUCGGCGUCGAACCAUUUUGGAACAGAACUGAAGGCUUUGAGGACGGGGGAGGAAGAUGAGACCUCCCAGCCCUCUCCUGAUCCUGCUGUACUUCACCCUGUCCAAGAGUGUGAAAGUGGUCUCAAAGAGGGGCUCAGUGGACGGCUGCACAGAUUGGUCAGUGGAUUACAAGAAGUACCAGGUGCUUCAGGGUGAGGCAGUGCGUCUGAAGUGCGCUCUGUUCUAUGGUUACAUCCGGAGCAACUACAGCCAGGCCCAGAGCGGGGGCCUGAGCCUCAUGUGGUACCGCAGCUCCGGCCACGGCCACACCGACUUUGAAGAGCCAAUCUCUUUCGAUGGAGUGCGCAUGAGCAAGGAGGAGGAUGCCAUCUGGUUCAAACCUGCUGACCUUCAAGACGUGGGACUCUACUCAUGUGUUUUACGGAACUCUACGUACUGCAUGAAGGUCUCCAUGGCUCUGGCUGUGGCUGAAAAUGACACGGACCUCUGCUACAACUCCAACAUGAGAAUAACUGAGAAGGCUGAGCUCAGCAAGAGGUUCCACAUCCUCUGUCCGGAAAUAGAUGACUACGUUGAACCUGGGAAGGAGCCUGAAAUCACGUGGUACAAGGAGUGCCGUCCAAAAAAGUGGCGGGCCACUAUCUUCCAGAGGGGAGACAAGUUGUUCUUUCAAGAAGUUAAGGAGGACGACAUUGGGAAUUACACCUGCGAAAUCCAGUUUGGCGGCUUUGUUGUCAGGAGGACGACGGAACUCACAGUGACUGCUCCUAUAACCGUCGACCCGCCGAAGAUCCUGUUUCCGGCAGAAAAUAAGAUGACAAACAUGGAGACGCAACUCGGAAGCGCUUUGAACCUCACAUGCAGAGCAUUUUUUGGCUACAGCAGAGACGCCAGCCCGCAUAUCUACUGGAUGAAGGGCGAGAAGUUCAUAGAGGACCUGGACGAAGAGAGGGUCCAGGAAAGUGACAUCAAGCUUGUCAGGGAACAUCUCGGAGAGCAGGAAGUGGCGAUUUCCUUGACUAUUGAGUCUUUGGAGGAGGAGGAUUUAGGAAAUUAUUCCUGUCACGUGGAAAAUAGUCACGGCCAUAUCAACGCCACCAUUCAGAUCUUCAGGCGGGCAGAGCUCAUGUACACGGUGGAGCUGGCAGGAGGGCUGGGAGCGAUUCUGCUGCUUCUCAUUUUCCUCAUCUCCCUGCACAAAUGCUACAAGAUUGAGCUGAUGCUCUUCUAUAGGAGGCACUUCGGCAGCGAGGAUGUGGAUGGAGAGAACAAAGACUACGAUGCAUAUCUUUCAUACACCAAAGUGGACCCUGACCAGUGGAGUCAGGAGACCAGGGAGGAGGAGCGCUUCGCCUUGGAAAUACUGCCAGACGUGCUGGAAAAACAUUACGGCUACAAGCUCUUCAUCCCUGAUCGAGACCUCAUUCCAACAGGCAGUCUCACCAAUGAGCAUUACCAGGAUGACACGCGACUUUUUGGAGCGUACAUAGAGGAUGUUGCGCGUUGCGUAGACCAGAGCAAGCGCCUCAUUAUAGUCAUGACGCCCAACUACGUGGUGCGGCGAGGCUGGAGCAUCUUCGAGCUGGAGACUCGACUGCGCAACAUGCUGGUGAGCGGCGAGAUCAAAGUCAUCCUGAUCGAGUGCGCCGAGCUGCGCGGCAUCAUGAACUACCAGGAGGUGGAGGCCCUCAAACACACCAUCAAAACCCUCACCGUCAUCAAGUGGCGGGGCCCCAAAAGCAACAAGCUCAACUCAAAGUUCUGGAAGCAGCUGCAGUACGAGAUGCCCUUCAGGCGCACGGAGCCCAUGCUCACGCACGAGCCGGCGCUGGACGUCAGCGAGCAGGGUCCCUUCGGGGAGCUGCAGACCGUCUCGGCCAUCUCCAUGGCGGCGGCCACUUCCACGGCCAUGGCCACCGCCCAUCCGGAGCUGCGCUCCUCGUUCCACAACACCUACCACACCACCAUGAGGCAGAAACACUACUACCGCAGCUACGAGUACGACAUACCCCCGGGGGGCACCCUGCCAGCUCUCUCGACUCUGGGGAACCAGCACACCUACUGCAACAUCCCGUUGACACUGCUGAACGGGCAGAGGCCUCCGGGGAAGAGCCGAGAGCACAGCCUGGAAGAGGCUCACGCCAACAACGCCAUGCUCCCGCUGCUGCCGAGAGAAACCAGCAUCUCCAGUGUCAUCUGGUAGUGACGAGCGGUCUCGACGUCGGCCUCGGGAAGAACUGAGGUCAGGGUCGGAGACGACGAGAACCAAAAGGAGAAGUCGGAUCUGUUCGGGUCCGUGCGUCGCCGCUUGAUGGGGAAACGCAGGAGGUUGUGAGGGGGAUGGUUUCUCCCCUCCCCGUGUUUGAAGAGGACCGGUCUCUUCUAACGAGCGAUUUUAUUUUCUAUGUGGAACUAAAGAAAACAUUUUAAAAAAAAUAUUUUUUUUUUUUUUUUUUUUUUCUAAACGGACAAAUAAUGUGCAGGAACUCUGCUUUAAGGAAGACAAAACACAAUUCCAACAUCCUCACAAAAAGAAAUGUGCAUACAUACAAACAAAAACAAAAGGAAAACAGGGUCUGUACAUAUAUUUGCAUUUUAUUAGUAGCAUCAGUGUUUUCCUGUUUUGUUCUUUAGUCUGUUUAAUUCAAUCAUGUCUGUUGCCUUCUCUACUGUAGGACUUUGCUUUAAAAAUGUUACACAAA